UUAAGAGCACCCAUACUUCACUGUAUGAUCGUGGCGCUCGUCCGAAUUCGCGCGCCGGUGAGAAUUCGUGCUGGGUCGGCGCUGCCGUCUACCCUCCCCUGGAGCCCACAUCGCGGUGCCUCGCCUUACAUUUUCGGGCCAACAAACGGGUCAAACACACCGUCGCCGAGCAGGUCUACGCGAAUUCCAACACUGCGACCGCGCGCAUACUCCGCCUCUACACAUCUUCACCCUGUCGCUGCGUCCACAAUCAUGUUCAAACAAGCCGUAAAGAAACACUCGACCGCCACCCCGGCUCCUAUGUCCCCACCCGCCUCGAGGCAACAAUCCCUCACCAACGCCUUCAAGCGCCCACAAAAUACCCCGACUCCUCUUGUCAACAACACAAGUACCCGUCCACUAUCCACGCUUUCGGGAAAUGCGCCUAGGGUCAACACGGAGGCACCCGCUCGGCAAAUGUCAGGGCACAAACAUGGGAUCAAGAGGACCUCAAGCGGCCUAGCAAAAGCAUUGGGCUCACAAGAGAGUUCCUUCGACUAUCCCUCUGUAAACACAUCAGAUUGGGAGAGUCCCGCAGUUUUGAGCGCCCAGAACAACACCCAACCACAAAUAUCCGAUCUAUUCAAUGAGAGUGAUUUCGACAGCGACAUCGACCUAGAUGUAGAGGACCCAGCUACCAAGGCUACUGUGAAAACCCCACAGCCUGCAGUCAGCAACAGUAGCCAGCCAAUUCCAUGGUCAUCAUCUCCAGUCGAGCAUUUACAGCCGGCCCAGAGAGUUGAACAGUUCAUACCUGAGAAGACAAAGAGGCGGACAUUACCGUGGCUACAAAACCAAAGUCAGCAGAAUCAAACUACAGAGAAGCCGGAGGAGGAGGAGGUGGACCCGGAGACUACGAGGCCACGAAAGCGGAGAUCGGCGGAGCCUACCAACGCUGCCAGCUCGACACCAGCACCGAAGAAAGAGAAACCGAAAUACGAGUGGCUGGCUACACAGAGCGCAAUCAAACAACAGCAAAAGAACCUGAGAGAAUCGAACAAGAUGGGAGUAAAGGUCAAUAAGGCCACCCCCGAGACGAAAGAGGCGGCUGUCGCGAAGAAGAAGACCAACCACGUACAUAAGAUAUUUCUGAGCGAGGAGCAACAACGUGUGCUCAACCUCGUCACAGAUCAUAAGAAAAGCGUCUUCUUCACGGGCUCAGCAGGUACUGGAAAAUCUGUUCUCCUGCGAGAAAUCAUUGUCGGGCUACGGAAGAAAUACAUCCGCGAGCCUGAUCGCGUGGCAGUCACGGCAUCGACUGGUCUCGCUGCAUGUAACAUUGGGGGUGUGACCUUGCACAGCUUUGCCGGCAUCGGCCUAGGGAAAGAGCCUGCAGAAGACCUGAUCAAGAAGAUCAGGCGCAACAUAAAAGCAAAGCAAAGGUGGAUGCGGACGAAAGUCUUGAUUGUCGAUGAGGUGUCCAUGGUGGAUGGUGAGUUGUUUGACAAGCUGGAGCAAAUCGCACGAACAAUACGGAACAAUGGCAGGCCGUUUGGCGGCAUACAGCUCAUCAUCACCGGAGAUUUCUUCCAACUUCCGCCAGUGCCUGAACAGGGCCGCGUUGCCAAAUUUGCUUUCGAUGCUGGAACCUGGACUACCUCCAUUGAACACACCAUCGGCCUCCACCAUGUUUUCCGUCAAAAAGACCCCGUAUUUGCGAAUAUGUUGAACGAGAUGCGCGAGGGACGCCUUACCCCAGACUCGAUCAGCAAAUGGCGAACGCUGAGCCGGCAGCUUGAAGAUACCGACGAUAGCAUUGAAGCAACUGAACUCUUCCCCACGCGCCAAGAAGUCGAUCGUGCCAACCAGCUUCGGAUGAACCAGCUAUCCGGCCAAGUCUACACAUUCCAUUCUCGCGAUGGCGGCUCCAUUACCAAUAAAGAACAACGUGACAGACUCCUCCAGAACUGCAUGGUCCCCGAAACCAUCUUCCUCAAGAAAGGUGCCCAAGUCAUGUUAGUCAAAAACAUGGACGACACAUUAGUCAACGGCUCCCUCGGCAAAGUCUUCAGCUUCAUGACGGAAUCGCAAUUCAACAAUUACAAAGAAAACGAAGACGCUUUCCUAGAAGGAAGGGGUGGCAUCAACGCCUCGGCCGCUCCAACCGCUGCCUCCAUCAAAGAACAAGUCCUGGGUUUCUCCACCCAACAAAUCUACCCCGUCGUCCGCUUCGCCAUCGCCGACGGCACAACACGCGACAUCUUCCUCAAACGCGAGUCGUGGAAAAUCGAACUCCCCAACGGCGAAGUGCAAGCCUCGCGCGAGCAAAUCCCGCUCAUCCUCGCAUGGGCCCUUUCCAUCCACAAAGCCCAAGGCCAGACUCUGGAGCGCGUCCGCGUCGAUCUCGGAAAAGUGUUCGAGAAAGGCCAAGCGUAUGUCGCGCUCUCUCGUGCGACUAGCAUGGCCGGGUUGCAGGUGAUGCGGUUCGAGCCGCGCAAGAUCAUGGCGCAUGACAAGGUUCGCCAGUUUUAUGCGGGAUUGAGUCGCGCCGAGCAGAUUCCCGGUGAGGUCAAGGAGAAGACUGUGCUGGGGAAGAUGAUGGAGCGGUAA